UGGGGGGGUUGAAGGGGGUUGAUGCCGCUCACACCGCCAGUGUUGGGACCGGCCACGUCUGGGAUACCGACCACCGCCGCCACCUGGGCCCAGCGUGAAGUAUCUUGUGCAAGACGACAGCUUGUGGCAAACCCGAAGCGUGUUGAGACGUCUUGCAAAAUGGAAGGUGCCGGCUACAAAGAGGACUCGAUGCUACAGGCUCUGAUGAAGACUACUGAACAAGGACAAUCCAUUUCAUUUCUAGGGAAUGAAGAGCAGUGUAGCAGUGCACUAUUUAGCUCGGAGGUGAAAGUUGAGGUUGGAAUGACAAAACACACUUCUGGGUCAUCAGCAAUCACAACUAGAAACAUUACUAAUUAUCCUUGGGAUCAUCACUACCUCUCGGGCAGCUUGGUUGCUCAACACUGCACCGGAGAUUAUAUUGCUUAUGCUAUUAAAGCCCCCCAGAAAUCCAGUGGAAUGGUGCGUAUCAUUCACUGUAAAUCUGGUAACAGAGGAUUGGUGAAGAAUAUCGAAGGAAUGCUGCGGGACUUAGCCUUCGCUCAUCUUGCCAACAGAGUUAUCUUGGCAUUUACAGAUCAAUAUGGGACGCUGUAUGUUUGUGAGGUUACUGACUCGACAGCAGAAGGAACCCUAAACACAGAAAUGUUGUUAGAAGUGAGUAGUGGUACAGAUAAGGUGAGCGACAAUCAUCGUGUCAUAUGGUGUCCUUACAUCCCAGACGAGCAGGGAAGUAGUAAUGAUGAUGAUGGUGAUCCUGCUUACCUCUUGGUUCUAACUCAUGGACCCUGUGCAGAAAUCUGGAAUGUGAAUGUUGUACUGCACGCAUAUGGAGGUGGGCAGCUACGGCGUGACCAAGUACUUGUUGGUUACCAGCUAAUGGAACAACACUCUGCACCUAUUACUGAUGCAGCUUUCAGCCCAGAUGGCACUGCUCUAGCAACAGCUGCUCUUGAUGGCUUUGUGAAAUUUUUCCAGGUAUACCUGGCAGAUGAAGAGAAAUCACCCCGUUGUUUACACCAGUGGAACCCACAUGAUGGGAAACCUCUCUCUGCCCUCUUCUUUCUUGACAACCAUAAGCACCACACCCCAGAUGUACAGUUUUGGAAAUACGCAGUAACAGGGGCAUGCAACAAUUCAGAAUUACGUGUUUGGUCAUGCGAAUCUUGGAUAUGUCAUCAAACUCUACGCUUUGUCCCAGCUGCACAAGACCCUCCACAGAGCCCCCUCACAUUUAAGGCAGCUAUGGAUCCCUCGGCCAAUUUCCUUUUGCUCUCCGAUAUCUUCAGACGGGUCAUGUAUGUAAUUGCAGUCUACCAAGAUGGGAACAGUAGUAGUGGAACUGGAGGUGGUACUAGUGGGCUGACUGGUACUGGAGGAAACUUUGUUGUGAAGAACGGUGGUGGGGGUGGAGGUAUUGCUCGACUUGUUUCUGUCUCCGAGUUUCCUGUCCAGUACCCUGCUCUGUCCAUGUCCAUUACAGAUGCAGCUUGGAAACCUUAUAAGCGCUGGAAACAUGACCAUGCACACGAUCACACUCAAAAUGCACAUGAUGAUGAUGAGGACGAUGAUGAUAAUGAUGAUAGUGGCAGUGUAGAUGUUGUGGAUGGAGUCGUGAUGCGAUGUGUUUUGAUUAAUACCAAGUCUCUGCAAGAAGCAACCUUAAGAUUCCAGCCUGCCACUCCACUCACUGGACAUGCGAGUGUUUGUCCUCUAGACCUGAGUGCAUCUCAGGACUCAAUUGUGGUGCGUGACGGGCUAACAGAUCUGAGCAUGAACCUAAGUACGUCGGUGUCCGAAGUAGAAGGAACUGGGAGUGGUGGUGAUGGAGGGAUUGAAGAUCAGCCUCCACCACCACCUCCACCUGAUGCACUUACCUCACCACAGAGUUCUAGUCUUUCAUCACAGCACAGUGCUCUCCAGACCCCACCUGCCUCACAGCCUCCCAUGAACCUUCUGACGCCGGACUCCUUCAGUUCUCCACGGAAACCUGAGGAUUCAGAUCAUGCUGAUGAUGGCAUUGAGGAAGGAUCCAUUCCUAACAAGGUCACCCCUAUCCCCAGCAAGUAUGAUGUGCCAUAUUCAGCAGACUUGGAAAAUGCUGCUUUGUCAUUAUUGUUACGUUGUGGCUCUGGAACCCUCAUGCAAAACAGUGAGUCUGAGAAUAACAAUAGGCUUAAUAUAUUGGGAUCAGUUGUAUCUGGGUCUUCGAAAUCUCCGCCUGCUACUGUACUGCCACCUCCACCGUCUGGCACUCCGUCACCAAGAGGUCUACAGGAUGAAGAUGAUGCUCCUCUAGCCACCUCUGAAGUAGCUGUAUCAUCUGGCAUAGGACGUGUUGGUACCAGUGCGGCAUCAUCACCAUCACUGGAAGUACAACAGAUACUUCAUUCAGAAAAUGGCAAGGGUGAAGAUUAUGUAGAUGAUGAGGAUAUUCAGGCAAUAUAUGAAGUUAAAAUGGUGGAAGAUGAUGAUGAUGACGACGAUGAAGAGGAGGAAGAGGAACCAGAAGCUCUACGACACACUCAUUCUCACCCACAGCCUCCACCACCUCUAAUUCCAGAACCGCAGCCCAUACCGCAACCACAUCCAUCUUCAGUAAAACCAUCUACAUCAAUGCCACAGCUCCCACCCUCUUUAACCCAACCCCCUACAUCUAUGCCACAGCCCCCAUCAUCUCUUCAUCAAUCACCAUCCUCAGUUCCACAAUCAGUUCAGUCAAUACCACAGUCACUAAAUGUUAUACCACAGUUAUCCUUGAAACCUGUUCCACUUCCCGAAGUGUUGCCUUCUCAGAAGCCACAAGAUAUGCAUACUCUUGAUCAGCAGCCAACAUCUCCAGCACAACCAGUGGAUAUCUUUGCAUCGGUAAAAAUGCUACCAGCUCAGUUAACCUGUGCUCAACUUGAAGCUGAAAUUAAGGGUGGAUCAGUCAGCCCAGAUUCCACCGGUUCUGCAAGUUCUUCCACUAAUCAAAGUAAUCUUCAGUCCAAAAGAACACGGAACUAUAAUUCAGUGAAUUGCAAACUUGAACUAGCAAGCAGAUGUGUAGCUGAUGCAAGAACUCCUGUAAGUUUAGAUCAGAUGCAACUGAAUGGACCUGUGGCACCAGGAGUGAGUGCAGAAGACAUUGCAGAAUUGAAAACCCUGAUGAGGACUUGUGUGAAUUUGAAUCGAGAUCAAAACAGAGAAGUAGUGUCUCAGACUCGCAUGUUAGCCAGUAAAUUGGACAAAGCACUUCAGCAAGUCAAUCUACUAGCCAAACAGGUCGAGGAGAUAAACGCGGCACAGUCGCAAGUACAAAUUGAGCUGCCUCGUGCUGUUGCCUCAUCCCUUAGGCCUGUGGUUGAGGCUACUUUGAGAAAUGAGCUGAGAAGUGUGGUUGUUCCGGGAGUUCUGAAGGCAAUGGAGCCUCUGCAGUCUCGUGUUUCCCAAGAGGUACAUGGCCUUCUCAAGACCACAGAAAGUCAAAUCAUAGAUGCCCUCUCCAAAGUUAUUCAUUCAAGAUCAUUUGUGGAGACCCUUGGAGGAUCAGUUAGUACAGUAUUGGGAACAACAGUGCAGAACUCGUGCCGAGAGGCAUACAACAAAUUACUUUUGCCAGGACUCAAUGCACUUACCCAACAGAUCUUUGCUCAAGUUAAUGAAAACUUCAGCCGGGGCACUAGAGAAUAUCUUCAAAAUGUGGAGAGUGAAGUGCAAGUUGGACGUACAGCAGUGCAGGAAGCACUCACCAAGGCUGCCCAGUCUCUGAACACUGCGUGUUCUACCCUCAGCACACAGUCCAAGUCUGUGCAGGAAAAUGUCACCAAGCUAGCUGCUCAACAGAAUGUAUUAUCAGAAUCUCUGGGUGAAAGAAUACGAGGGUUAGUACGGGAAGAGGUGACACGUUCAUUACAAGAACACCAAGCCAUUGUUGAUGCCCGAAGUCGUGCCCACACACCUGCCCCAACACCCCACACUCUCAAUCCAAAGGUGGCGCAACAACAAGUUCAAACACUAAUUUCACAAGGACAGUUCAACACAGCAUUUAAGCAGGCACUGUCUGCAUCUGACCUGAGCCUUGUGGUGUUUGUAUGUGAACGUGUCAACCCACAACAAGUCUUCAACAUGACUCCUUGCCCUCUCAGUCAAGAUGUCCUACUCUCUUUGGUUAAUCAACUUUCGCAUGAUCUCUCUACCUUCACAGAUCUAAAGAUCAAAUAUUUGGAAGAGGCAGUUAUGAACUUGGAUACAUCUCAUCCUGUAACACGUGAACACAUGCGACCAGUCUUACAAGGAUUUCAACGUAACCUGAACGCAUACUUGUCUGUAAAUCCAAAUCAUAAAAAGGUGAAGAUGCUGCUUCUAGCAGUCAACCAUCUUGUUGUUUUAUAAAGCUGUCUUUUAUAUGAACCGUAAGUCACGGAGCCUGUCUUUCAGGUGUAAAUAUUUGGCUUUAUAUUGUUUACAUGUCAUUUACAGUCUCCUAUUAAGUAUUUUUCAGAUGGUUAUCCUUAUUUCAUAUGUAUGAGGUAACUACAAUUAACAAUUCUCUUGCAUAAGUGGUGUGAAAUACAAAAUUAUAUUUUUUACUUGCCUGUAAAUUGGUCACAACUUAACAUUUUUAUUCAUUAGAUUCUUUAGACCUGUCAUUCAAGAGUUUUGCUUAGCCUUUUCAGCAUAUCAUCUAAAAGGGGUAUUUACUAUUAUUUGUGGCUAGUGAAUUAAAUAUUAGUGUUGUAACAUUUAGUAAUUCAGUUGGCCAUGUAAUAUUUCGGGAGGGCAGAUUUAUUCCUUGUCGUCAGUAGUUAAUUACAAUAUUAUUUCUGUUAAGUGUUUAUGCUUUUACACUUCUUUUUAUAUAAUUACGUAUAAGCAGUGUGAAAGAAAGGAAGUCCGUCCCUUAAAAAUGUAUCAGAUGGUAAUUUUUUUGGUUUAUGAGCUUCAAUUGCAUGGUUUCUGGAAAUGUAGUGACCAUUUUAUAGAAUGAAAGAACAAUGCUUUAUUAUUUCAUGAAAAAAUGACUUACUCAGAUUUCACUCCUGAGUAAUGAAAAGCCCUCCUCUUUUAUGUAUGUAUGUAGUAUACAGUAAUGUAAAAGGCCCCUUUAAAUGUAUAAAAGCUAUAUAGUUGCUGAUUUUAUUAGUAGUAUUUUGUUUAUUAAACAGUGCUACCUGCACUGAAUGUCUACUUAAAGUAUUGCUGCUUUGUGACAUGUUACUAUUUUAUCUAAUAAAGUUUGUAUAUGAGGUUGUUGAGCAUAAUACAGGACUUGUUAAGAGGAGAAUGAUGAUAACCCAACUGGAGCAAGUAUGGUUGGGUUGGUGGUGCUGUAUAACAUAUUUACCACUAUGUUUCCAACCAUUACUAGCCAUUGCUUUUUACUGAGUAAAAGACGUCUUUAGGACUUUUCUAAUUUCUUUCUAACUAGAUUUCUUUAAAGUUUAGCAAUUUGUCAUACAUUUUAUAAAUAUUUCAACUCUUCUUGAAUCAGAAAGUAUAACUGUAUCUUGCCAGUCGCGAGUGAUUGGUACGAAGGAUUAUGGUUUUACGAAUAAAUGAUAGGAAGAGUUUGAUAUUAAUCUUCGUGUAAAUCCAAUUUCCUUGGGUUGAUGUACAUCACAAACAGUUCCUGGUCUGUAUUUGUACUACUUUAAAAAUAGUUUACUUUAAUUGUAUGCAAAUUUUAUUCUAUGUCAAAUUUUGCAUAGUCGGUUAUUUUUGUUGAUGGUUCUUUUAUUUAACUUAGGCUUGUGCUUUUAACAAAUUAUGAGGUUGAGGCUCAUACAUAAUAUACUUACUGUGUGCAUGAUGAAUACCGAGGCUAACUACACUUGACAAUUUAGAGCAUGUAGCCUUGCUCUCUACCCUUCUUUCUGCUAAUUAACAUGUAUGGAAGAAGCACCUGAGUGCAAGGCUUACACUGAAGGGAUACAACACGAGGAGUAUGUCUAGAAAGCAGUGUAGAAGAUUUGUUUGGUAUUCAUUAUGUCAUACUCAUGAGGGGCCAUGACCAAAUUUAUUGUUUAGGAAAAUAUAAAAUAGGUCAUUUCUUGUUAUUAAUAAGACAUGUUCUGUCAUGGGUUAUAUAUGUUUGAUAUAGUGGUCAUUUUAACAACUUGAUCAGUAAAAGCUUUGCAAGUAAUAACAAUUAUAUACUGACUAAAAUGAAAUAAUGGAGGCUAAAACAGUGUAAUGAUUGAAAUAUCUUUUUUUCCUGUAUCUUGUUCACUCAUCUUCAGGUUGACUGAAGGUUGGAUAUAUUUGAAAACACACAAGUUAUACUUUUUACCAUUUUUGCAUACUCAUUUAUGAGUAAAUUUCAACAAGAAACUUUUGUAUUAGUUAAUUUUUUUGUGUAUAUUAAGACAUCGGAUAUAAUCUUACUUGAGAUCAUGUUGGAGCGAACAUAGGCUUUAUAUUUGAAUAAUAUUGUAGACAAAAUAUCGAUAAGUAACUUAAUAUAUCAUUUGUCUAGUCAAAUGCAAUUUCAGCACAAAAUUUGUCUGGAGCCCAAUGUUUGCAUAGAUUAGCUAGUAAGCCUCAGGUAUUGGCGUAUUGAGUACAUAAGGAGCAACAUUAGGCACGCAGGUGCCUUCCUUCAGCUGCAUAAAAUUUGUAAAUUAUGGCAGUAAUCUCCAAGUUUCUAUUAAACUUAAUUGUUUUUACGAUUCACACACAUCCACAUUAAGGAAUAAUUUCCUUUUUGCACUUACACUGUUAACAUUUAAGUUUCAUGAGAUUGGUUCAAUGUAAAAAAUGCCUCAUCCUGGAAAUUGUAUUUAGUAUUUAUAAUAAGUUUUUAAUAAUGAAGGCUGAAUUUAGUUCUUAUCAGCGAUUAUUAUUGUUUUAUUUCUGUAACAUCUUGGUGAUGAAGACUUUUUCUAUUAGAAGUGGAUCAAGUGUGUGGUUAUACUGUAUAUAUAUAUAUAUCCAUUACACACAUGGUUGAGUGUAUCAUUAGCGUACAGUGGGAAGUGUAUGCAAUAUAUCGAUUUAUUUGCCAUAAGCCUUAGGUAAUCAGCAUUAAUUAUCCAGGAUGUCCAUUGAUUUACUGUAAAUUUGCUAUAUAAAUAUUUGAAACAUUGCUUGUAUGUAUAUUACAUUAUUAGGAUACUUUUGUAUGUACUGUAUACCAUAUGGAAAUAAUAUCAAAGUUGCAAUCAAGCUGUUUUUAAAUGGUCAAGGAAUUUAUGCCAAUAGUCAAACUUAUUUUGUGAGUGAACAUAAUUAUUAGAGGCCACGUUCAUUUAUAUAUUAACUAAAACUGCUGUGUUUUGUAGAAACUGUGAACAAAUAAUUAAAACUAGGUUGUUAGAAUUAUAAACUGAUUUCAAGCCAGGUAAUCUAAACCAUUAUUUCUUUAAUUCUUACAUUGCUGUUUUGUAUUUGGAGAUUCUUUUGUUUUUUUAUGAAUAAGUUAAUUAUUUAACUAUUUUUUCUUAUCCUGUAAUAAAAAAGUUAAAUGCA